ACCCGCGGAGUCCGAGGCUCGGCCGCCGGCGGAACAGUCGAAGCGCGAUCGCCCGCAAGUGCAAACCUCUCGUCAGUUGCUCUUGUGUAUAUACAUACUCAUCUCGCUCGCACCCUCCGCUCGGAGCCUGUACUGUACUCGAACUCACGUGUUGACUUGUGAACGACGAGAAGAACAAGGAAGUAAGAUGGCUUGCAACAGGGCAACCAAAUCCGGAUUCGCCGCCGAGGCGCAGCGAAAGAUCAACAGCAAGUACAGCGAGGAACUGGCACAGGAGAGUCUCGAGUGGAUCAAGGCGAUCACCGGCGAGAACAUCAACACGAGCGGCGACAUGGAGAACUUCUACGAGACCCUCAGGGACGGAACGCUGCUCUGCAGGUUGGCCAACUGCAUCCAGGAGAACUCGGUUAAGAAGAUCAACAAGUCGACGAUGGCGUUCAAGUGCAUGGAGAACAUCGGCGCCUUCCUCGACGCCGCUCGCGCCUUCGGUGUACCCGCCCAGGAGGUCUUCCAGACCGUCGACCUCUGGGAGAAGCAGAACCUCAACUCCGUCGUCAUAUGCCUCCAGUCGCUCGGCAGAAAGGCGGGUAACUACGGCAAGCCGAGUAUCGGGCCGAAGGAGGCCGACAAGAACGUGCGCCACUUCACGGAGGAGCAGCUGAAGGCGGGCCAGGGUGUCAUCAGUCUUCAGUACGGCAGCAACAAAGGCGCCAAUCAGAGCGGCAUCAACUUUGGCAACACUCGACACAUGUAAACUGCGCCGAGACUAAAUCAAGACCGCACACACACACACACAUACACAACACACAAACACAACGACGAUACUCGUUAAUCUAUAUGUAUACGCGUACAUAAUGUGUUAUUACAUGUAAUAUCGACGUCGAGCUCGAUAGAUUAUAUAUUAUACAUAGAGGAGAGACGAACGUAUUAUAUAUAUAUAUUGCGCGCAGUCCUGGAUACGUAUAUACUGCAUGCGAGAGACACAUGACUUAUUCUUUGCAACGAGGAGUAUACGUACGUUUAAUAAUUUACUAAAAAAGAAAAUACGUAUCGCAGGACGUUCAGGGUCCAUGAUUCGAUGUGUCGAUAGCUGCUGUUGAUCAGAGUUGGGGCACACUUCGCUUUCUUUCAUUCCUCCUUCGUGAGAUUUUUCAAUUUCUUUUUCUCACAAACAUUUGACAUUCGAAUUCAAUUAUCCUAUAUAUAUAUUAUUUUUUUAUUUUACUUUUGUUGGAAUCGAGUUAAUUCUCUUUUCGCUUUAUUUUGGUUUACACCCAACGCUGAUGUAGCCGAAAUCAAGUCUAUAAUCACUUAUUUUCUCGAGCAUGAAGCGCAGAUGUAGUACAUAUAUUUUAUUUCUAUUGUAUCACUUGUUUUACAUCGAACUCGUUGAUUGGCGAGAAAAGGUUGUGCAUACCGAGAAAGAAGUAAAUCUGUUUGCUAUUUUCAAAAUUUUACAAACACGGAAAUUACUUUGCGGUCGCUAGCACGCAUACUUGUAUUCCAGUAUUUAGAAUAGUAGAGUACCUUUUUGACUAUUUUUGACAAUCGUUACGCAACUUGUGAACCAAAAGUGUCAAUUCUCGAACGCCAAUUGUAGGAAAUUAAUGCAUGGAAAUUUGAAAUAAAAAUUGCAACUUUUCCAUUAUAUUUUGUAAAAACUAUUGAUGUAGAUAAAGCAUUUUAGCAUGUAAUCUGAUGGUGGCAUUUCAACUAACUACAAUCUGCAAAGAGAUAAUAGAAAUUGUUUAUGUAUGUACCUAUGAACAAUCACAAGAAGUAUAUAUUAUACAUAUAUGCCUACUCUAUACUGUAUUGUUUUUACAAAAGUCGCACACAUAUUCGAACAAAAAUGCUUUGCAAGACCAUGUUAUGCGUGAUAUUUACAAUUAUUUUAUCAACGACGAAUUAUUAAAUAUUGUAUUAUUUAUAUAAGCAUUUUGUACAAAUAACUUUUGACAGUUAAAAUUUGAAGAAUUUAAUUGGUUAAGAAAUUAUUGUGUAAAGACAUUUGAAAAGAUUAUAUAAGAUCUAAUAAAUGUGACACUUAGUGAUA